AUGGUGUCCCCGGUCACUGUGGUGAAGAGUGAGGGACCCAAGCUGGUACCCUUCUUCAAGGCCACUUGCAUAUAUUUUGUCCUCUGGCUGCCUUCAUCCAGUCCGUCAUGGUUCAGCGCCCUCAUCAAGUGCCUGCCCAUUUUUUGCCUCUGGCUCUUCCUCCUGGCUCAUGGACUGGGAUUCUUGCUGGCUCGCCCCAGUGCCACCCGAAUCUUUGUGGGGCUCGUCUUCUCUGCUCUUGGUGAUGCCUUCCUGAUCUGGCAGGAUCAUGGCUACUUUGUGCACGGUCUGCUGAUGUUUGCUGUGACCCACAUACUCUACGCCUCGGCCUUUGGCAUGAGGCCACUGGCCCUGCGGACAGGACUGAUGAUGGCAGUACUCUCAGGCCUGUGCUAUGCCAUCCUCUAUCCAGGCCUUUCAGGUGCCUUCACCUACCUGGUGGGAGUCUACGUAGCCCUUAUCGGCUUCAUGGGCUGGCGAGCUAUUGCAGGGCUGCGCCUGGUCGGGGCAGCCUGGCGCUGGACUGAACUUGCAGGUGGCAGUGGAGCAUUGCUGUUUAUGAUCUCAGACUUGGUCAUCGCCCUGGACAAGUUCCGCUUCCCUGUGCCCUAUUCCCGAGUACUCAUCAUGUCUACCUACUAUGCUGCUCAGAUGCUCAUUGCCCUGUCUGCCGUUGAGAGCCGGGAGCCUGCGGAGAAUUAUGGACAGAUCUAG